AUGAAUGAACAUUAUCAGAUAGCUCAACAAAAGUUAGCGUUGAAUGCUUCUUCAAAACUCAAGGGAUGGUCAGAUAUUCGGUGGGACUCACGAUGGAGUUCAAUUAAUGCUAUUAUGGUCAAUUAUGAAUCAAUUAUUGUUGCACUUGAAGAUCUUAUUGACGAAGAUGAUCAUCGUUCUGUUGAUGCAAGAGGUGAAUCGGUUGAUUAUGCUGAAAGUCAACAGUUGAUUACAUCAGUAAUUGAACAACUUGAAUAUGAUCGAAAUGAGAAAUCAUUUAAAACGAUGUACUUCAAUAUCUUGAAUUUUGCAGAAAAGUAUGAUAUUGA